AUGACUACCAGACUCUGGGCGCUUGGCUCCAACUCAUCAGGACAACUAGGCGUUGGUCAUUACGAAGACGUCGACACACCAACACCAUGCAGUUUUAUCCACACCCAAAGCCUCUAUGGUACCACGAGCAGUGCAAAGGCCCACAUGGAGCAAUCAGACGCCUUGAGAUCACCUGUCCGCAAGAUUGUGGCAGGUGGAAACCAUACCAUUGUCCUCUGCGAAAACGGUGCAGCGUAUGCCGCUGGUAAUGGAGAAGCGCUCGGCGAAUGUGUUGAUCUCGCAUCGCACCCUUCAGUCUCUGCUGAGCUGAGCUCUCAAGACCUGACACCAUGUUUUAAAAGGGUAACGUGGUGGGAGAAUUCUCAGCUACUAGAUACUUUCGUUGACGUUUCCGCGACAUGGACCGCGAGCUUUUUCGUCACCCCGCCCCAAACUCAGGAUGGAUAUGUUGUCCGUCUUGGUCGAAUAUAUGUCUGCGGAAAGGGCGAGAAAGGCGAGCUCGGUCUUGGGAAGUAUAUCUUUGAGACAGCAAAGCCAAGACAGGUGGCAGUGUUUGGCGAUAAAGACUAUCCCAGGUGCUAUAUCAGUACAGACGUUGAGAGAGUCCCGCUCAUACCAGGCACCCUAACGGGUAUUUGGAGUAGUGUAGCUUAUACACUAACCUGUUCGACAGAUGAAGUUCAUGUCUUUGGCUGGGGCAGUUGUCGAAAAGGUCAGCUGGGGAAUAGCACGAAGGCCGACAAGGAGCUCUGGAAACCAAGACGGGUCACUGACGAGGAUAUCAAGCAGGACACGGAGAUUGACAGGAUUUUUACGGCAGCUGUGGGAAAAGACUUUGCGUUGUAUCAAGGAACUCAUGGUAAGCAAGAAGAUACGGUGAUAGAAUGGAGACUGCUAGGUGGGAAUAGCGUUCUGAAAAGCGAUGGAGACGAUGUGAAGAGUUUCCUUGCAGACUUGAGCAUACCAGUACCGAGCGCAGAGAUGGUGUGGCCAAGGACGAGUCUGUAUGCGAGUUGGUCGAAUGUCUAUAUUUUGGAGAGUAGGACGAACAAGGUGAAAGCUCUGGGAAGGAAUGAUCACGGUCAACUGCCACCAAAGCAGCUGCCGGGAGUGUGGACCAUGGCUGCGGGAAGCGAACACUGUGUAGGCUUGACACCCGAAGGGGGAGUUGUGACAUGGGGCUGGGGUGAGCACGGGAAUUGCGGAAGGAGGAGCGACGAGACUGGGCAAGGCUGGAGUGUGUUGUCUCUACCUGCCGUGAGGACUGAAACAGCUGCUGGAGUUGGUGCAGGAUGUGCAACGACUUUUAUCUGGACUGCUGAAAAGUAA